CGUGGAGCGCGGCGGAGGGAGGAGCCGCGCGGGGAUCGCAGCGGCGGGGCCGGCCCAGCCCGCCCGGCCCAGCCCGCCCGGCCCGGCACAGGUUCACCACAGAUAUGAGUGGCUGGCUGCUCUGCUCCUCCCAUGCCCCAGCACUGGCUGCCCCGUGAUUUCAGAUAACAAACAUAAGAAGUGAGUUACAAAACGUGUGGUAAGAAACCAAAAGCAACCUGCCUUUAUUGAGUUCUCAAGAAGACAAUUGACCCCUUGGUACAUUAUCAAGAUGCAUUAGGAAACUGGAUACGGUGCCAAAAGAACUCCAUGUGUUUCCAUGACUCUCUUGGACCCUGACUCAGAUACUGUUGGAUAUAGAUUUCUGUUCUAAGGAGAAGAGUGCAUACUCCAGUUCCUUUCUGCCAGCUUGCUGGCAGAGUUAUUUUGUUAAGAUCAUGGACCAUCCUAAUAGGGAGAAGGAUGAAAGGCAGCGGACGACGAAGGGGAUGCCGGGAAGGAGCGGGCAUGGUUCUCGACCAAGCUCUUCAGCAUCUUCUGGUGUUCUUAUGGUGGGACCCAACUUCAGAGUGGGCAAGAAGAUUGGGUGUGGGAACUUUGGAGAACUCAGACUAGGUAAAAAUCUCUACACCAAUGAAUAUGUAGCGAUCAAACUGGAACCAAUAAAAUCACGUGCACCACAACUUCAUUUAGAAUACAGGUUUUAUAAACAACUUGGAAGUGCGGCUGAAGGGCUUCCCCAGGUGUAUUACUUUGGACCAUGUGGAAAGUACAACGCCAUGGUACUAGAGCUGCUUGGUCCUAGCUUGGAAGAUCUGUUUGACCUCUGUGAUAGGACGUUCACAUUGAAGACAGUGUUGAUGAUAGCCAUCCAACUGAUCUCUCGAAUGGAGUACGUGCAUUCCAAGAACCUCAUCUACCGAGACGUGAAGCCAGAAAACUUCCUCAUUGGCCGGCAAGGCAAUAAGAAAGAGCACGUCAUCCACAUCAUAGACUUUGGAUUGGCCAAGGAGUACAUUGACCCGGAAACCAAAAAACACAUACCUUACAGGGAACACAAGAGCUUAACUGGAACGGCCAGAUACAUGUCCAUCAACACUCAUCUUGGCAAAGAGCAAAGUCGUCGUGAUGACUUGGAAGCCCUUGGCCAUAUGUUUAUGUAUUUCCUCCGAGGCAGUCUGCCCUGGCAAGGACUGAAGGCUGACACCUUGAAAGAGAGGUAUCAGAAGAUUGGGGACACAAAGAGAAACACUCCGGUUGAAGUUCUCUGUGAGAACUUUCCAGAGGAGAUGGCCACGUACCUCCGCUACGUUCGGCGAUUGGACUUUUUUGAGAGACCCGACUACGAUUAUUUACGAACCAUCUUCACGGAGCUGUUUGAGAAGAAAGGCUACACCUUUGACUACGCCUAUGACUGGGUCGGCAGGCCAAUUCCUACUCCAGUGGGAUCUGUCCACGUGGAUUCUGGGACAUCUGCAGUAACAAGAGACAGUCACAUCCAUAGGGACCGACCGUCGCAGCAGGCCCUUCGCAAUCAGGCGUCAUCGGAUCGCCGCGGGGACUGGGAGAUCCAGCCAAGCCGACAGACCAACACCUCCUACCUGACAUCUCAUCUGGCUGCAGAUCGGCACGGAGGAUCAGUGCAGGUGGUCAGCUCCACCAACGGGGAGCUGAACGUGGACGACCCGACAGGGGCACAUUCCAACGCGCCCAUAACGGCGCAGGCGGAGGUGGAGGUGGUGGAGGAAGCUAACUGCCUGAAAAUGCUCAACUUGUGGUGCUGCUGCUUCUUUAAGAGGAAACGGAAGAAGACGGCUCAGCGUCACAAGUGACCAGUGCCUCCUGGGCCUUGCAGGAACCACUGCACCUGCAGCUCCUGCCUUGUCUCACUGGAAGGGGCUUCUCUUUAGGGGGGAGGAGGAGGCAUAGGAGGAAGAGAGAAAAAAAAAAAGAGUUAAAAAAAAAAAAAAAAGUGACAUUUUAAACCAAAAACAGAGAAGAAAACGUUCCAAAACAAACCACUCUGGGGUGGAUCUGCCGAACAGUCUCCCUCAUUCACUCCAAGCCUGAAGCUCCUUUGGGACCAGGACUGUGGCUGGCUCAGGUCUUGGUCACCCUGGGAAGGGGGCUGGCUGGCUGACCCUCCUUCCCGUUGUUUACGGCGAAGGCAUCGAUCACACCAACCUGAGGACUGUGCUUAGUUCCUGCUCACUCUCCUCCCGCCUUCCCCUGCGCCCUCGGCUCCUCCUCAGCCCAGUGAAGCAGGACGGGCUGGGUCGGGUCGGGCUGUGGAGAGGGCAGGAGAGCGGUGUGGGAGAAGGGCCUGACUGCUGCCGCAGGAAGAGACAGGUUCCCUUUUUGGCUCCUUGGGAACAGUCACACUGAAAUGUGCAAGCUGUGAGAAAUUUUGCAAUCUACUGUUCCAGUUAGGGUUGGUUGUUUGUUUCCCCCCCGCCCCGGCUCCCUCGACACCUCCCUCCUCUUGACGGUAACAGAGCAAUGUGGAUUGUUUUAAAGAAGC